AUGAGAUCGGAGAAGUCCCUGACGCUGGCGGCGCCGGGGGAGGUCCGCGGGCCGGAGCGGGAGCAACAGGAUGCGGGAGACUUCCCGGAGGCCGGCGGGGGCGGCGGCUGCUGCAGCAGCGAGCGGCUGGUGAUCAACAUCUCAGGGCUGCGCUUUGAGACGCAGCUGCGCACCCUGUCGCUCUUCCCGGACACGCUGCUUGGGGACCCGGGCCGCCGGGUCCGCUUCUUCGACCCGCUAAGGAACGAGUACUUCUUCGACCGCAACCGGCCGAGCUUCGACGCCAUCCUGUACUACUACCAGUCCGGGGGCCGCCUGCGCCGGCCGGUCAACGUGCCCCUGGACAUCUUCCUGGAGGAGAUCCGCUUCUACCAGCUGGGCGACGAGGCCCUGGCAGCCUUCCGGGAGGACGAGGGCUGCCUGCCCGAGGGGGGCGAGGACGAGAAGCCGCUGCCUUCCCAGCCCUUCCAGCGCCAGGUGUGGCUGCUCUUCGAGUACCCGGAGAGCUCCGGGCCGGCCAGAGGCAUCGCCAUCGUCUCGGUGCUGGUCAUCCUCAUCUCCAUCGUCAUCUUCUGCCUGGAGACCCUGCCCCAGUUCCGCGCUGAUGGUCGGGGCGCAGGCAACGGUGGUGGUGGUGGUGUGAGCGGGGUCUCCCCGAUUUCCAGGGGCAGCCAGGAGGAAGAAGAAGAUGAGGAUGAGUCGUAUGCCUUUCAUCCUGGCCUCACCGCUGGGGGGCUGGGGACAGGGGGCUCCGCCUCGCUCAGCGCCCUCGGGGGCUCCUUCUUCACAGAUCCCUUCUUCCUGGUGGAGACUCUGUGCAUCGUCUGGUUCACUUUCGAGCUCCUGGUGCGCUUCUCCGCCUGCCCCAGCAAGCCGGCCUUCUUCCGCAACAUCAUGAACAUCAUCGACCUGGUGGCCAUCUUCCCCUACUUCAUCACCCUGGGCACCGAGCUGGUGCAGCAGCAGGAGCAGCAGGCGGCCAGCGGAGGAGGCGGGCAGAACGGCCAGCAGGCCAUGUCGCUGGCCAUCCUCAGAGUGAUCCGCCUGGUGCGCGUGUUCCGCAUCUUCAAGCUCUCCCGCCACUCCAAGGGGCUGCAGAUCCUGGGCAAGACCCUGCAGGCCUCCAUGAGGGAGCUGGGGCUGCUCAUCUUCUUCCUCUUCAUCGGAGUCAUCCUCUUCUCCAGCGCCGUCUACUUCGCAGAGGCUGACGACGAUGACUCACUCUUCCCCAGCAUCCCCGACGCCUUCUGGUGGGCGGUGGUCACCAUGACCACGGUGGGCUACGGGGACAUGUACCCCAUGACGGUCGGGGGCAAGAUCGUGGGCUCCCUGUGCGCCAUCGCCGGGGUCCUCACCAUCGCCCUGCCAGUGCCCGUCAUCGUCUCCAACUUCAACUACUUCUACCACCGGGAGACGGAGCAGGAGGAGCAGGGCCAGUAUACCCACGUCACUUGUGGGCAGCCUGCGCCGGACCUGAAGGCCACUGACAAUGGACUUGGCAAGCCUGACUUCUCCGAGGCCACCCGGGAGCGGAGGCCCAGCUACCUUCCCACUCCACACCGGGCGUUUGUGGAGAAAAGGAUGCUCACCGAGGUCUGA